AUGCUCACUCAUUCCAUUCCACAGUUUCAGGGCUUUCAAAUAAAAGCUGCCUAUUUUGAAGACGUGAAAAAUGGUGAGCUACUACGGCAGCAAGUGGCGUCCAUGCCAUUUGCGAUGAUCGAUGCCGCUUGCAUUUGCAGCUUGGAGCAGCUUUUUUGCGCUGUGCAUAAAGCCCUCCUAGAGUAUACAUACAAUAGGUUAAGGACCAAAAAUUUGAACUCCGAGUGCAUUCUUUCACUGUCACCGACGUCGAACAUUGGUGAAGCUUUCAAAAGGUUCGGGAUCAAAGAAACCACCACGAAUAUCAUUUGUCUGGCAAUAACCGAAGGAAAGGAAAGUGGGGUUAUUGAAGGUACAGAGCAUGUUUUAUUCCAAGGCGUGGAAGGUGAAGAAAUUGAGCUUUCGGAUGGCACCCUGGGAUCCAGGGCCGAUGUGGAAAUUAUCAAAAAGGUUCGUUUAAACAGGGCUACUUAA